GAAUUUGGGCCCAAAAAUGAAACUGAGCGAGUUAUAUCCACGUUACACAUUACUCACGAGUCACGACUCACGACACACGUACAGAAGAAAUUGGGGAAUUUGAUUCAAAAGCUUGAGACGACAAGCUCAGAAGAAACCAGAUGUCUAGAAGGUAUGAUAGCCGCACAACAAUCUUCUCCCCUGAAGGUCGUCUCUACCAGGUAGAGUAUGCUAUGGAGGCCAUUGGGAAUGCAGGUUCUGCAAUUGGGAUCUUGUCCAAGGAUGGUGUUGUGUUGGUCGGUGAGAAGAAGGUCACUUCCAAGCUCCUCCAGACCUCUACAUCCACUGAGAAAAUGUACAAGAUUGAUGAUCAUGUAGCUUGUGCCGUUGCUGGAAUAAUGUCAGACGCCAACAUUCUUAUAAACACGGCUCGGGUUCAAGCUCAGCGAUACACAUUAUCAUACCAAGAGCCCAUGCCUGUUGAGCAGCUAGUCCAGUCUCUCUGCGAUACCAAGCAAGGUUACACACAGUUUGGUGGGCUUCGUCCUUUUGGUGUUUCAUUUCUAUUUGCAGGUUGGGAUAAAAACUAUGGAUUUCAGCUUUACAUGAGUGACCCAAGUGGAAACUACGGUGGUUGGAAGGCAGCAGCUGUUGGAGCUAACAACCAGGCUGCACAAUCAAUGCUAAAGCAGGACUACAAGGAUGACAUCACCAGGGAAGAAGCUGUACAGCUUGCCUUGAAGGUUCUCAGUAAGACAAUGGACAGCACAAGUCUUACUUCAGAAAAGCUCGAACUUGCUGAGGUAUUCAUGUCUUCUGGGAAAGUUAAGUAUCAGGUGUGCUCACCAGAGGCCCUGAGUAAACUAUUGGUCAAGUACGGUGUGACCCAACCUCCUGCCGAGGCCUCCUAAAUUAAGACAUCUUGUUUAGAAAAUCCGGGUUCCUGAAGUAAUUUGUAAUACGGAAACUGUAUUCUUCUUUCUUAUGGUGGUUCUCAGAUGUUUGGCUUCCUUCCAAUGUUUCUUUUGCCAUCUUCUAUUGCAUUGCCAUCCGGACUUAUUAGUACACUAUUUAUUGCUUAUGGUUGUUUUUAACUGGUAAUGUUAUGAAGUAGCUUUCCAUUACCUUGUUCAGUGAUAAAUUGCCAUGUUUGGCUCUUUGAUUACUUUUUGGGAACAUAGAAUGCUGUUUGUAUGGCACCACUCAUCUUGAAUUGCAUACAGUACAUAUUUAAUUUGCA